AUGACUGCUUACCACCCCGCGGCAAACGGAAUGAUCGAGCGUUGGCAUCGUUGCCUUAAAGCCGCUUUGAAGUGUCACAAUGACAAGAAUUGGACGCGGACCUUAUCCACGGUUCUUUUAGGGUUGCGCUCUCAUGUUCGUGCUGACACCGAGGCAUCGCCUGCCGAAUUCUUGUUUGGCACAACACUUCGCAUGCCUGGCGAAUUCUUUCUUGAAGGGGAUUUUACUCCUGAUCCUCGCACAUUCAUUGAGGAGUUCCGUGAGUUUAUGCGACUUGUCAGGCCUGUUCCAGUCACACAUAACCACAAGAGGCGCGCACACUCGAACGAACUUAUACCUUACAAGGUUGUUAAAAGACCGUCCGAUAGGGUGUUUGAUAUCGAUAUCAACGGGAAAACGAAAAGCGUCUCGGUUGAGCUACUUAAGCCGGCAUAUCUCAUGUCUGAAAACUUGUUAGCUGAUACACUUGAUAGCGACCCUCCUUUAACCACCCCUUCGAGUCUAGCUGGAACCCAGGACUUGAAUGGUGCUGGCAAUUCGCCAGUCACCUCAUCCAGUUUGGCUGCAACCCACGACUUGGACGGUCCUGGCGAUUUGCCAGUACCAAUGGUUAAAAAGGUUUUAAAAACUUAUGCUCGUAAAGCAAUGUUUGUAACUUUGUGUUAUUCUAAUGUUGCUAAUGCAUAA